CUGGAGUGAGAAGUGAAGGGCUGUGUGUGCGACGAGUGGUGCCAUCUGUAGGCCUGUCCCGCAAACACACACUCUCUCACUCACUGUCCAAAAUGGGUCGUAUGCACGCUCCCGGAAAGGGUAUUUCCCAAUCAGCACUUCCGUACCGACGAACUGUUCCUACAUGGCUGAAGUUGACCACCGAUGACGUCGUGGACCAGAUCUGUAAGCUGGCGAAGAAGGGUAUGACUCCAUCACAGAUCGGUGUGAUGUUGAGGGACUGGCACGGCGUGGCUCAGGUCCGAUGA